AUGAUCGCCAAACCACCCAAAUUGCCAUCAUUGAUUCCAUGGCCUAGCUACCCAACAGCUAAUGUUGCGGUAGCACCAUACUCGGCUCCGACACAAGAUGAAUGGAUGGCUGUCUAUCCGGAGAUCGAAAGACUGUACAUCCGAGAGCGACGGAAGCUGCGAUACAUUAUGCAAUAUAUGGAAAAGACGCACGGAUUUAAAGCUACAGUUCAGAUGUACAAGAAACGUUUCACGAAAUGGGGCUUCCAGAAGAAUAGCAGACGUUCAGCUUCCAACAAGCUAACGCCAGAUACACACAAUGAAAGUUCCAUACGGAGAUCCAAUGAGCACAAUGCGCCCGGAAAGCUAGGCUCCGCUCGUGGGAUCUCCGAGCUUAGCCAUCAAGACAGCCUGGUCCUGAUGUUCUUGAGCAAUGUGCGGAUAAGUACCAUGGCCUUCUUCGACUCGGUGCAAUCACCACAGGUUCGCUUAGUCCCCUUUCAACAGCAACCUCCAUCGUCGGAUGAACGAUGGCCCGACAGCGUUAAAGAAGUUAGUUUUGCAUUCAAGGUCGCGAUCGACCUCUUGGAUCGAGGGUACGGCGAGUUGGGCGGCAAGACGGCUCGGAAAGCCUUUAUGCUCAUCGAAGAUAUAUUGACAGUUGAAAGUCCUGUCUUGGUGUGGAAUUUGCUUGAGAUGAUGCAUCAUAUGGUGGUGAUGCAGCACCUGCGGCUGUUCAAGAUGCUACUGGCUUACUUGAUUGGCUUGGUGAAGGGACGCCUGCCAGUAAUGCAUCCACUUCCUAUCAUGCUGCAUGGUUUGCGUGAAAUUGUUGUAAGCCUAAGAAGUUCUGUGUCUACGCCUGAGAGCUGUUCAGCCGAUUCUUCGGCAUCAUCAUCGCCCUCGUCUUCCUACAAAGACGAUAGGAACCUGGUCCCCCUGGAAUCAUUGGAACUUUCUCGUUCACUGUCAUGUCUGAUCAAGAGAGGCUGGAUCUUGAAUGCCGAGAUUCUCCUCAACCACUUCGAUCUCCGUUUUCUGCAACUUUACUGCCGUGUACAUUGGGACUCGUGCUCGAUCGCGCCUCCGACGGCUGUGUUCUUGGAAAUGGACCGGUGGUACGAUCAGGUCGGCGCGGGUACGACCACAAAGAGCAUUAUGCCUACAACUCAUGCAAAUUUUCCUCCUAAGAUCACACCCAGCGAGAAGGAUAGAAUACUUCAGGACCUUAUAAAGCCUCUGGUCGGUCGCCAAGUUGACAAGCAACUGUCACCGACUUUCGACGCACUUCGCGUUGAAACAAUGGCUACACUUCGGAAGUACGGUGGCCCGAUACUCAAGAAGACGGUCGAAUUUACCGGAGAUACCACUCUCUUGCUACGUCUUGUGGCGGUGCUGGUAACAGUCGAUGUUCUUCAUGAAUGGCCUAGCGUGGUUGGGUCGUCGUUGAAUCGUGACUACACUACUAGAAUGCCACAAGCUGAUGCGGAUCAUGUUGCAUAUGUCAUGAGGAUCCUGAUCGACCUUGACCCUAAGCUUUGCGGCAACAAGAUUGACUCACCGAAAGAGUUGCUCGAUCAGCUUCGAUCAGUCGUCGCACUUCGCGAGUAUGCUCGAGGCGAAACUUAUCCACAGGUUGUGCAAGAGAUGCUGAUGUUGAAGGAUGCCCUCAACGCGGCGGGAGAACACAGAGAAGCAGAGCAAGUUGGGCACAGUGCUUUACUGCGAAUGAAGAAAUAUACUCAGGAUGUCCCUGUUGAUUUCACCUGA